CGUGUCGCCUCCCCAUUUUUCCUAUCCGUACACGCCCGUAGAUACGCACACCACCGCAGCGUCUGUCGACCGGAGCCUCGAAGGUGCCGCAAUUUUCCAUCGACGUUCACUGUUCUUCGAUAAGUUGUCCGACCGCAUUGUAAAAUCCUUCGGAGGUACCAGACCGUCAAUACCAAUACAAUAAACAGCUUCAAAAUGUUCGUCUCGUCAGCUGCUCGUAUUGCUCCAGUCGCCCGCAACCUGGUUCUCAAUGGAACGAAAGCCUACCUCCGACCAUUGAGCUCCGCCGUCAUCAGCCAGAGCCAGACCCUGGCCGCACAGAACAGCACCCCAGUUGCUCUGCUGCCACAGGUCCGGUCAUUCCAGACUUCCCAGGUCACCCGUGAUAUCGAUUCGGCCGCGAAGUUCAUUGGUGCUGGUGCCGCUACCGUCGGUGUCGCUGGAUCUGGUGCCGGUAUCGGAACAGUAUUCGGUUCCCUGAUCAUCGGCUACGCAAGAAACCCAUCGCUGAAGCAGCAGCUGUUCUCCUACGCUAUCCUGGGAUUCGCCCUGUCUGAAGCCAUGGGUCUGUUCUGUUUGAUGAUGGCCUUCUUGCUGCUCUUCGCUUUCUAAGCAAUACACACAAAACAACCACCAUCUUUAAAAUAAAGCGUAUAAGAAAAAAAUAUCUUUUUAAUGCUCUAAAGUAACAUCAAUAUAAAUCCGUAAAUAACAGAGAAAACAAAAGUGUGUUGGAAAUAAGAAUUUUCUUCGAAUUAAACCGAGAAGCAUUCAAAACAUCGCGAACUUCGCCGCCGCAAUAAUAAUUAUUGCGAGCGCCGCUUUAACAAACCUACAUCUCAGAGAGAGAGAGAUAUAUUAGGAAUUACCAAUACGACCUGCCAUCGAAUAUUAUAGAAGUGACAGAGAGAGAGAGAGAGAGAGAAGGAGGAGGUCAAUUGCGUUAAGACCCUAGCGAUUAGCCAUGAAAGAAUUAUGCUGGACGAAAGUAUUAGCCGGGAAUGGUCUGGAUCUUGUUUCGAUUCGAGUUCAUGUGAAGAAAAACAAACAAAUCUAAAGCUGCCAUCGAACUAAACUUCGGCGACACGUUCCCCGCCCGACCAUCAUUCCGUAAUUAUUUCAUGGAUAUUCCUAAUAGUGCGAACCUCCGAAGAUCAACAUCAGUCUGAAUUUAAAAGAAAAACAGAAAAAUCGAGAAAAAGUUAGGACAAAAAACAGUAAAGCGAAGACACUUCAAAGCUCUAGAUGUUUGAACCGAAACUGACGCUGCUAGAGUUAUCGAAACACGCGUGGUGACCGAAGAACAACACCCGGGGGGCUACGAACAUCUGUAAAAAAAGGGAUCUCGUUAACAACAACUUCACGAAAGCAGUCACCUCCAUGGAUGCGGCGACCUUAGGAAAGCGAUUCCUAACCCGGAGGCCAACGGACGCCGCCGAUCUCCGAUACGUGUGGUUGUCUCACUACCCCCCACGGGACACUUAAUUUGGGAGGAUUACGUACCGCGGCUGGGAAGACCACACGGGGAUCGGUUGCGUUUGUUGGGCGCGUAGAGAUGAAACUGUGAUAACACACAAAACACAACCCUCCGGUCGGCUGGACAUUGUGUGAUCGCCUUUUUUGUUUUCGCUGCGUCCGUGGAGUGUUUCCGGUGCAAAAUAACAACUUAUAAUUAAAUAGGAAACGAAACAUACACUACCAAAAUUCGGGAUUCGUUAUUAAUCUGCUUUUGAAUUACCGCCAGCACUUAAGAACAAUGGGUGGGUAAUGUAAAAUUAAGAACCGUUAAUAAAAAAGAAAUGAAGACUAGUUACUGGUACAAAAAACCGAGGAUAAGAAAA